ACGGAGGGUGUGUGGUCUGAGAGACUCAGCUGGUCUGGGAAACUGAGUCAGAGAUCCAGCCAGCUCUAAGUGCUUUGUGCCAGAAGGAAAAGGAGACAAGUCCAUACUGCAGAGUGCUUCUCAGGGACUGUGAGCAGAGCCAAGGAAUAAAGAUGAAGAUGAAACGGACUCUGGGCAGAAUCUCCUGCUUAGUUACUCUACUGGUGGAGCUGAGCUGGAUAAACGUGGGCCACAGCAUGCACAGAGAGGGAGGAAGUAGGGUAAUGAAGCAGUGGGAGAGGAAGGUGCGCUCCGCCUCCAGCCUGGAUGAGCUGCUGAUGCUCGCAGACUUUCCUGACUGGAAGUUGUGGAAGUGUCGUCUGAGGCUGCAGCAGCCGGAGACCCUCUCUUCUCCACCUUCAGUGGGCUCACACCGCUCCACACGCUAUGCUGCCGAAUCUUACAGCCUGGAGAUACUCAAAGCCAUUGAUGAAGAGUGGCAGAGGACUCAGUGCAUGCCAAGGGAAACAUGUGUCGACGUGGCGAAGGAGCUUGACACCGAUCCCUCGAUGUUCUUCAAACCACCAUGUGUGUCCGUCCACAGGUGUAAUGGCUGCUGCAAUCAUGAGGGUGUCACCUGCAGGAACACAACUUAUGAAUAUGUGAAUAAAACUGUCCUUAGUGUUAUUCCAUUGAAGUUUGUACCUGAGCCUGUGCUAAUAAAAGUAGCUAAUCAUACAGAGUGCAGGUGCAUGGAGCCCGCCAUAAUACGUCGUAAUGCUCAACCUCACAGGAGCAGUGGCUGCUCUCCGAUGAGCCAGCUGUCGGAGGCAGAAGACUCCAGAAGACUUUGUGCCAGUGGCUUGAUUUGGGAUUGUUCAAGUGACAGAUGCAUACCUUACCCUUCCAGUACACCAGAGCUUCCACUCAGUGCCUGGAUGCCCGACUGUGAGAUAGACGUGGAGCGCUGUGACUGUCUUCCUAGACCUGAACCAACUCUGCAGCCAGGACCCAUCCAACGCUGUCAGAUCAACUCCUCCAUCUGUGCCAGCAGGCAUCGACAUUUUGACCAAGCCUCCUGCAGAUGCAAAUGGCCCAAGUAGAAGUCCAGUUGGGAAUUGAAAUGACGACAACCUGCUCACGAAGGAAGUUCGGAGGCAGAGAAAAAAGGCUCAUAAUUUAUUUACUGUCCUAUUUAUGCUGAUCACUAAUUAAGAAGAUAUUAACUGAUACGACCAUGUUAACUGAUUUUUUAACAUGCUUACCUUAUGUUUCAAUCAAUGUCUAAAUUGUAUGAUUUGUAUAUUUGUUCAUCCUGCACUGAAUAUGUAGUUUAUAUUAAAGAUUAUUUUUAUAAUUUUAAUCUGUGAUGGAUUUGUGAAUUACUUCUAAUGUAUGAAUUACUACUAACAGCUAACUUCAGAGAGGAUAUCCCACUGAUUGUUGAUCUUCAUAUAUUAAUUUCCAGUUGUUCAAAAUAUCUGAGUGUUUAAUUUAUUAUAAAUACACCGGCAUUCGGACGCUUCCUAAAGGUAUAGGGGGAUGGCACCAAAAGGGAUUUAUUCGCUAAGAAACCUGUGACUUAGACAAUGCAAUCAAUAAUAAAGGCGGAAAAGCAAGACAUGGCAUGCUUUAAAACAGCAUCCACAUGUGCUACUGUAUGCUGAUCAACACAGACUUAAGGCUGUAACUCCUGAACAAUACAUAUGUGUUUUUCCUUGAUUUAGAUUGCAUACAUCUGUAUUAUAUUUGAUAAUAAAUAACGUUUCCCUUUUUGAUCAAUGUCAAAAAGCCAUAAUGAAAUCUUCUUUUAUUCCCUUGUGUGAAACUAUGAAAGAUAUUUUUGCAUACCAUUUUUUAUAUAAUAUUUACAUGCAGGUUUGCGGUUUUAAGAUCUUGAGAUCAGGAGUUUUUAUUUAUUUAUGCAAGAUGGAGCCAGAGGAGUUGAUAUUGAUUGAAGACCUGCUGCAGCUUUUUUAAAGGCUGAGUAAA